AUGGGGUUUGAUACCCCAAGUGUUGUGAGAAUUAUACAUGCCCAACCACCCCGCAAUCUCUCACAAUACUUGCAAGAAAUUGGGAGAGCAGGCAGAAGAGACCAAAGUAGCACGGCUACUCUUUACUACAACAAAAGACACAUUGCAAAAAAUCUGCCUGGUAUCCAGGAUGACAUAGUAGAGUAUUGUUCCACCAACAAUAAAUGUCUUCGUGAAAUGCUUCUAAAAACUUUUGGUUUUUCCAAAUCAUGUAACAUUCCUGCAGAGAAAUGCUGUUCAUUUUGUUUGGACGAGGAGUUGAAAAAAUUAGCUGAAUCUGGAGCAUUUGAUGAAAAUGUUCAGAUUAUAUAA